UUCUGCCGCUGACGUGGGCGGUGACGGGAGGCGCAUUGAUGCACCCUUGCGGGCAGCUCUGCCCCGACCCGGAACCUUGCCCAUCUCCAAACAACCUGCCCCCAGCACCUUUCGAGUUGGUUGAUAUCGAUUAGACCAACAUACCGCAGUGAACUAAACACAGAACAAGAUGACUACAGCGCAUAGGCCGACGUUCGAUCCGGCGCGCGGCAAGGAAGCCCUCCGUGGGCCAGCCUACCAUCAGCGCCUUCUUCCGGCAUACACAAAACUCAAGUUCCGACAACCCGGCCAAGGCGGCGACGCCGACCGCGCCACCCGCGACCUGCGCGCCGAGCUCGAAGCCGCCGAGGCAGAGCACUACGCCAAGCUCAAAGGCGCCCCGAUCCCCGGCACUACCUCAGACGAACCCUCGGAGCGGUCCCCUACGAACAAGCGGCCCCUACGUAUCGCCAACGGCAACGAAGAAGAAGACGCCGACGCCAAACGCCGACGCAUUCUGGCCGAGACACGGGACAUCGACGCCGAUGACGACGACCACGGCGAAGAUCCCAAGUCCGGGUCGGGUUCCGAAGACGAAUCAGGCUCGGGAUCAGACGACAGCGACGAUUCGGAGGACGAAUCCGAGGACGAGAAUGCCGAAUUGAUGCGUGAGCUGGAGCGGGUGCGCCGCGAGCGGAUGGAGAGGCGGGAGCGUGAGGAGCGCGCGCGGCAGGCGGCCGAGCAGGAGGCGCGCGAGCGGGAGAUCGCGCUGGGGAAUCCGCUGCUGAAUAAGCCGGAUUUUAAUAUUAAGCGGCGGUGGGACGACGACGUGGUCUUCAAGAACCAGGCCAGGGGGACUGAGGAUAAGGGGAAGAGGAAGGAAUUUAUCAAUGACCUGCUGCGCUCAGAUUUCCACAAGAGGUUCAUGAACAAGUAUGUUCGGUGAAGAGCCAGGGGGGGAUACCCUAGGAACAAACAGGAUUACUGGGAUAAUGUAUCGGGCACCGUCAUGCGACCCUGAGCAUAGAGCCAGGGCGUUUAUUCGGGAGAUGUUGACUCCAAGUCACCACGGUGGUUACAGUUACCUUCCGUCUGAACCCCGUGCUCCUCACCACACUAGUGACCACCUUGCAGCACUGGUAUCAACAGUUUCCCACAUCUCAUCUUCCACCGGCCUGCCAAAGAACCAUUCGCUCAAUGAGUGCGGCUGCAGGUCGAUGGUGCUUGCUCUUGGGGAGGCACCGGGUUCGACCCGUGUAAAACUACCGUGAUGGUUUUCGUACCUGAU